AAAAAAAAAAAAAAUGCUACCAAAUCAAAGAUAUCUAAAACAUCCCUUAAAGCUCCUAUUUCAACCUAUUUUGAAUAGAAAUUAUAAAUCAAAUUCACAAUCACUUUCACUUCAAUCAACACUAAAUGCGAUUAGACAAAAGCAAAAUAAUCCUCGGACAUCUAAGCCUAUAGAGCCCUUACAAUCAGUAGAAUAUAACAAGCAGCAAGCAAAAGUUGCACCAGCGGGUCGACUACGCCGUGAUGAAGAAAUCAGUGCACGAUUUAUUACAUUUAUUGAUGAAAAUGGGCAAGUACAUGAUCAUUGUCGAUUAAUGAAUGUUCUUGACGAAGUUGAUCGUUCUCGUUAUUUCUUGAUAGAAGUUGACCCCGCCGCACAGCCUAAUCCAGUAUGUAGACUAUUUGAUAAAAAGACUUUAUUUGAAAAAGAGAAAAAAAGUAAAAAGAAAAAGAGCCUAGCAGUACCGGAAUCUAUUUUAAAAGAAAUAUCAUUUGGUUGGAAUGUGAGUAAUCAUGACAUGGAGCAUAAAUUAAAUAAGGCGAUACAAUUUUUGGAUAAAGGAAACAAAGUGAAAGUUGAUAUUGUACAUAAAAAGGGACAAAAUAUAGCAGAUGAAAAAAUGAGAUCGCAACUCAUUUGUAAAGUCACUGAACUAUUAAACUCAUAUAAAAUGACAAAAAAGCCUAUUUUUAAUGGUCAUAACUGCACAAUACAAUUUGAAGGAAAGUAAAUAAUGUAUAUCCCCUCCCCCCCCCACUAUCAUCUACCACCUAAUCAAAUAAA